AUGGCGCCCACGCCAGCCUACAGAGACGGUCUCAGCGUAGAUAACGCUGACCUACCAACGAUUAUCUGCCUCCAUGGAGGCGGGACGAAUUCAACAAUCUUCAAUAUACAGUCAGUUCGCAUCCAGCGUGCCCUCCGCGACUCCUUCCACUUUAUCUUCCCAGACGGGCCCUUUCCAUAUGGCCCGGGGCCAGACGUGUUGCCCUUCUUUGAGGGGUGUGAACCCUUUCUGGGGUGGACCAAUAGAGGAGACGCUGGACCGAUGCCCGAUGAGUCGAUACAGGUUAUCAAGAAGGCUAUUGCCGAACGCCAGAAUAUCUCAGACGUAGUAGGCAUAAUGGGGUUCUCGCAGGGAGCGCGGACGGCUGCGGGCUUGCUCUAUGAGCAGCAGUUGAGAGAUAAGGGAGGAGAAGGUGAAGGGCUUGGAGUCGACUUCAAAUUCGGAGUGCUGUGUAUGGGGACAAGUCCUCCGCUUACAGAUAAGCUGUCGGAGAAUGAAUUGAUUGCUGUUCCUAGUAUUCACGUUGUUGGCACGUCGGAUCCUUGGGCGUUUUCAAGUAGAGAGUUGUACGAGGGAUUUUUUGAUAAGAAGACGAGUAAGAAGAUUGAAUUGGAUUUGGGACAUCGGCUUCCAAGUGUAGAAGAGGAUACUUACAAAAUUGUGCACGAGAUCCGGAGGUUGUAUCGAGAGACUUCCUGA